AAACGAGCAUCUCUAACUUUGCAUUAACAGCAGACCCCAGGACCUCCACAAGUAACACAACAUGCAGCUCAACCAGAAGAUGAUGAUGAGUCUUGCUGCCAUUGCAGUAAUUAUGUCAGUGAUGUUCAUGGGGACCAAUGGACAAGGCAAGCCUAAUAACUGCUGCACAACCGUCUCCAAACAUAAAAUCACGUUACCUAUAACAGGAUUCCAAUAUCAGAAGAAAAACCUUCCAUGUGUUAAAGCAGUCAUUUUCAACACAACUGAUGGUCGGAGAUGCAGUGACUCAAGGAUGAACUGGGUGAAGAAAAAGGUUGAGGAGUUGACAAAUAUCCACUAAAAGAGUAAAUAACUCUUUGAUCUACGGAUACUGCAUAUAGUGCGAAAAUAAGAAAAUACAAUUAUCAACAUGAAGAUUCAAUGAUAAAAUGUGUAACACCAGAUUUAAAGAUGUAUGGUCUGCUUAAAACAAAUGUUGGUAUUAUUGGUAACACUUCACAAUAAGGUUCCAUUCAUUAACAUCUGCUAAUGCAUGCACUAACAAUGAACAAUAUACUUUAUUACUGCAUUUAUUAAUCUUUGUUAA